AACUGUAGUCCUGCCGAUACGCACAGGAAAUGAGAGAGACUCUCUGAGUACUAAAUUCUCACAGGAGUAAAAGAGAAACAAAAUAGAAAGAAAUCCACAAGAAAUUAUGAAAUUCAUUUUCUUUUCAAAUUCGUAGAACUCAUUUAUUAAAUAAUCCAAACUUGGUUUUCUUUCUUUCCGAUUAUUAUUAAACAUUACUGUAGAUUAUUACUAUCAGAUCCCAUUGCUAUUUCUCUGAUCUGAUCGCUUAGAUCUCCAAGCAUCAAUGGCUGGCGCCGCCUCGGCGCUGUUUCUUCUCGACAUUAAAGGUCGUGUUCUUGUUUGGCGUGAUUUUAGGGGUGAUGUAACCGCUGUUCAAGCCGAGAAAUUCUUCUCUAAGCUCAUCGAAAAAGAGGGAGAUCCAGACACUCAAAAUCCAGUUGUAUAUGAUAAUGGUGUUACAUACAUGUUUUUACAACACAAUAAUGUUUACUUGAUGAUAGCAUCAAGACAGAACUGUAAUGCUGCCAGUAUUCUUCUUUUUCUACACCGCGUAGUCGAUGUCUUCAAACACUACUUUGAAGAGCUGGAAGAGGAGUCUUUAAGAGAUAAUUUUGUGGUUGUGUAUGAGUUGCUUGAUGAAAUGAUGGAUUUCGGUUAUCCUCAGUACACUGAAGCUAAGAUUCUUAGUGAAUUUAUCAAGACUGAUGCUUACAGGAUGGAAGUCACUCAGAGACCUCCAAUGGCUGUGACAAAUGCAGUGUCUUGGCGGAGUGAAGGAAUACGAUACAAGAAAAACGAAGUAUUCUUGGAUGUGGUAGAAAGUGUCAAUAUACUUGUUAACAGCAAUGGGCAAAUAAUUCGGUCAGAUGUUGUCGGUGCAUUGAAGAUGAGAACAUAUUUGAGUGGUAUGCCGGAGUGUAAACUUGGUUUAAAUGAUAGAGUACUAUUGGAGGCUCAAGGUCGAUCAACGAAGGGAAAAGCCAUUGACCUGGACGAUAUUAAGUUUCAUCAAUGUGUGCGCUUGGCCCGAUUUGAAAAUGACAGGACAAUAUCUUUCAUACCUCCUGAUGGGGCUUUUGACUUGAUGACAUAUAGACUGACUACCCAGGUAAAACCUCUGAUUUGGGUGGAAGCUCAAAUUGAAAGGCACUCCAGAAGUCGUAUUGAAAUCAUGGUAAAAGCCCGGAGCCAGUUCAAGGAGCGUAGCACUGCAACAAAUGUUGAGAUUGAGAUGCCUGUACCAGCUGAUGCUACCAAUCCCAAUGUGCGUACUUCCAUGGGUUCUGCUGCAUAUGCACCUGAGAAUGAUGCACUGUGCUGGAAAAUAAAAUCCUUCCCUGGUGGCAAGGAGUACAUGCUUAGAGCUGAAUUCAGUCUUCCCAGUAUAACUGCGGAAGAAGCAGCUCCUGAAAGGAAAGCUCCUAUUCGUGUGAAAUUUGAGAUACCAUAUUUUACUGUCUCUGGGAUACAGGUCCGAUACCUUAAGAUCAUUGAAAAGAGUGGAUACCAAGCUCUACCAUGGGUGAGGUACAUAACUAUGGCAGGCGAGUAUGAACUGAGAGUUAUUUAGAAAGCUACACAUCUGUUGCUACUUCAACCACGCAACACAAUUAUAUCAUGCAAUUUGCAAUUGCAGAAGGAAGUUAAAUCUACCAGAAGGGCAAGAGCUUCAUCCCAUGAUGAAUUAUUAUUUUUCACUCUUCCCUAGCAUGUGUGCAGCAAAAGCUUUUUCUUUCCCUUUCUGCUGUUUUUCUUUUAUGCUAUAGUGGUUUUUAUGGGUGCACUGACUACCCAUAAAAGAUUUAUCGUCAAUUUUUUGUGAUAAUUAACUAUGAAGAAUCAUUUACUGUGAAGUUGAUAUUCUUUAGUUGAAUUGCAGAGCAGAUUUCUGGUA